UUUUUUAUUGUCAAUUAAAUAAUCGAAACGUAAACACUUAAACGAUUUUGCUUUAGUGAACCAACGUUCCUAACUGAACUCGUAAUAUAACUCAAUUUCAAUGCAUUGUAUUUCUAAAUUUAGUAGUCCGUUUACAAUUUCAUUUAGAACACAGUUAAAAAAAAUGUCUUCGAACAUAGCAAAGCCACUGGAUGGCAAAGUAGCAAUAAUCACUGCAUCUACUGACGGAAUUGGUUUUGCUACUGCUAAACAAUUAGCUAGUCAUGGAGCAUCAGUCAUGAUUAGCAGUCGUAAACAAAAUAAUGUUGAACGUGCAUUAGCAGAACUUCAAAAAGAAUAUGGUGUUACUAAAGUUCAUGGAGUUGUAUGUCAUGUUUCAAAAAAAGAUGAUAGAUUUAAUUUAAUCCAAGAGACCAUUAAAAUCUUUGGUGGAAUUGAUAUUCUUGUAUCAAAUGCUGCAACAAAUCCUACAUCAGGUUCAGUACUAGAUUGCGAAGAAGAAAUAUGGGAUAAAAUAUUUGAAGUAAAUGUUAAAAGUGCAUUUUUAAUUACAAAAGAAGUAGUUCCACAUCUAAUUUCUCGAGGAGGAGGUUCUAUUGUUUAUGUUUCUUCAAUAACUGGUCUCAAUCCUAUGUCGCUAUUGGGAGCAUAUUCUGUGAGUAAAACUGCUCUUCUUGGACUGACUAAAGUAGUAGCAAAUGAUUUGGCAGCAAAUAAUAUAAGAGUUAAUUGUGUAGCUCCUGGUGUCAUAAAAACAAAAUUUGCAUCAUCACUUACUGAAAAUGAUGCUCUUAGUGAAUAUUUAUUACAAAUGAAGCCAAUGAAACGAUUUGGUGUCCCAAAAGAAGUUGCAUCUGUUAUAUCGUUUCUUUGUUCGUCUUCUUCUUCCUUUAUAACUGGUGAAACUAUAGCAAUUUCUGGUGGUAUGCAAUCAAGACUCUAAAUACUUAUCAUAAACGUCUAUACAAUUUUAUGGAAAUGGUUAUAUCUAUCUACAUAUUUUCAAAUCAUACUCUGAGGUGUUUGUAUUAAAAUAUUAAAUUUUUAAAACUACAGUUGUUAU